AUGUCUACAGAUGAGCUGCUUCAAAAAUCUGUCACCUUGUCAUCAGACCCAGCAACUUACUGGCCAAAGCCGUCUUCUGAAAGGACACAGGUAACUGGCAAUGUGGAAAAUCUGGAUAGAUUCUCAUACAGUAGUGCGGUUAUCAGAAAGGUUUUACUCAUCUUUGAGAUGCACUACUCUGUAUGCAGGCUUCCUUUUCUCUGGUUUUGUACAAUGUCUUAGAAUUAAUGCCAUAGAAAUAGUCCCCUGUGUGUUUCAGACUAUACACAAACCAUAUGCUAUUGUAUAAAAUAAAAUGAAAGUAGAGCUUGUGGCAUAUACGACUGGUGGAGAUUCUGAAGAGCAUUGUGUGCAGAAAAAAUGAGCUUCCACCGUGAUCUUCUUGGUUUCCAAGAUAAUUUCCAGCGUGAUCUUUCAAUUUGCUCCAUUUUUAUAAAUUUUACCGCACUUUUAAAUUUUUUAAUUACCCUUCUACAAAAUUCCCUGCCCUAUUUAUAAUUUAAAGAACCUAUCUUCCUAUCAGCUUUAAAGGACAUGCAUCCACUUCAGCUAUCUCACUUAAGUUGUGAAGUCUGAAGAAUGUUAUCGUUUUUAUUUACUGAAAUGUAAUAGUGUCUCAAUCUCAAUCUAUCACUGCGAUACCAAAUAUAAGUUUUCUAAGUUUCUACGUUUUUUUUUCCCCCUAAGGAUUCUAAGUUUCUACAUAGUGCUAAUAGUUCUAGAAGGCCAUUUGGUUUGUAAUAUCUUACUAUCAUGGUAUUUACCACAAUUUAAAUACUGUGCUCUCCUUUGCCAAUUAAAGUACAUCAGAGUUUUUAAAAUUUAAGACCAAAAUAGCUGAAUUGGAAAAAGUCAGCCAUGCUCCCAGUUCAGCAACUUUGGCCUUAAAUUUGAAGUUGUCUUUGAAUUCACUUAGAAUUUUCACUUUAGUGAACAAUCCUGUAUACAUAUUCAUAAGAGAAUAAACUCCAUAUUUUGUGUAAAUGGGCAAAAGUGGCUGUGAAAUAUGAGCACAUUUGUUUUAGCUCAGUAACAUAGAUGUUCUCAAUUAGUUUGUACACCUAGAAUACAUUGAGUACUGUUUGUAUAAACUGUGCUUGAUUCAUGCUCGUAAUACGUUUAAUUUUGUGGGUAGUGAGGCUUGAAUUUUCCCUGUCUGAUACCUAAAAUUAUGUAGACGAGGGUGCUGGAACUGGUGGACUGUGGGAUUUGGAACAGUACUGAAAUGACAUUGAUAUUUCCUCGAGAAUAAUCCCUAGUAGCACUGUUUUCUCACGUAUUUUUAUUUUUUAUUUUUUAUUCCAGGACAUUUCACAUUUACUAACGAGUCUCUUCAAAGACCUGUACACUGGCGAAGUAAUUGGGAAAGAUACAGGAGCGAACUUGAUACGAAGCGGAGGAGGAGACAAUCCUUACCACAAGAAGUUUGUAGAGGACCUGCAACAGGUAGGCAUCACAUCCUCAAGCCCAAGGAGAUUCUUCACAUAGGAGGUAAAGGAAAGUCGUUAUUUGUCUACAAAUCAACAUAACUGACUAAAACAAUGAAAAUCACCUAGAACCUAACAAAUGUCACAGCAGUCCAGUCCAGUCCUGGCACAGCCAGGCACACGUUGCUAAUUAGGAAGAGACAUGGAAACAUUGUCUCAUGUCUCCUCUACUCUGUAUCUCUAUUCUGACUGCCAGGUGCAAAGAAUCGAGCUUAUAACAAUGACUGACAUAUUGUCAACAUGAAGCCCACUGUGAAAGGUCCUCUCAUUAAACUGUAUGACUAUAGAGUAAUACUUUGUAUUAGAUAUAACAUUUGCUCAUCUAGAUUCGAACUGAAUACGAGCACCAAAUGGCAGAGGCUGACAUGGUGGAAAGACACAUCAUCGAGGCUCGAGCUCGAGCUGCCGCGGAAGAAGAAAGGAUUCUUAGAGAAGUAAAGAAUGAUGCUGGGGAGAGAUUCCAAACUCUAGGUUUACCCCCUGGUAAGAUGGCUACAUUGUGAAUAACUGACUCAUUAGACUGGUUUUAUAUACCAUCAGUGGUGGACGUUGUCUGCUAAGGUUACAUUCGCAGACAGUUAAUGAGUGAAAUGGCUAGAUGGAGCACUGUCACAGUGGCAGAGUCCGCAGAACACAGCAAACAUAAUGCAGACGUAGCAGCAUAUCAACAGACACAAGUCACACAAUCUCAACUAAAAAAUAACCGUUUACGUGUGUGUUUGUGUAUAUAGAUGAACUAAUAUGUGCAUGUAUUACCUCUAAUAUGCAUGUAUGUUUACUAUAAUAUGUGAUGGUAAGCUACAGCUGACAUUCUAUAUUCAUGGAUGCAAUGUUAGUUAUACAACAGAUAUUACAUCUUCUCGAGAAUCGAAAUUAAAAAACAUAAAUAAAAUAAAUAAAGGGGUGCUAAAACGUUGGGGGUUACAGGAGCGGUAAAUACAUUGCUAUAUAUUUAUCCAGAUACUUUAAUCUAGACCCAUUCUGUGUAUGCUAAAUAAAUGUGAAAGUUCACUCUUGGUGACUUGUGUUUUCUGUCCUCUAGUGGACUCAUAUUUUAGAUGGUGCGUAGACAGCAAUAUUCUGAGGAAACAUAAGUUAAUCUGUCCUGACGAUUACAUAACAGAUAUAUACCCCCUCACCAAGGCACCCAAAGGUAGGUUUUCUAAUGCCUGUAGGUACAGGCUGCAAGUCAUAUCUUUAUUUUCUAUAUCGUCCUGUGAAUCUUACAUACCAAAGUCUAAAAGCUAUCCAAUCUUCUUACUUUAAUGCACAAACUAUCUUUAUUAUACUUUAUUACUAUUUUAUGCUAAUGCAUGUUUUGGUGAAUAUUUGAUGAAUGUCAUAAAGUUUCCAAACUUUUCCCAUUUGCCUGCACAAUAUGGGAGAUACGCAAUCACUAACAUAUACUGUGUCAAGCAUGCAGGAUCAGGAGUUUGUUUUAUUGCCAAAUCUCUGUCUAUGUCUUUAGCUUUGUACCCGCUGCUCAGUGUGAGCAUGAAUAUUAUAUCUAAUAUAAAUAUAUUAUUUCUUAUUUUAGGUCAACCAGAGCCUUCACAUUUCAGAGAGACAUUCAGCUUCCAUCAGCGCAUUUCCAGAAGUCCUGUAGAUGAUGGUUACACAGAGUUCCCAAUGCCAGAGAGUAAAGUGUUUACAUUAGAUGAUUCUCUAUCUGACUUAACAUUAUCGUCAACAUCAGAUAUUCUAGAGCGAAGUAAGAAGAGACCAAGUAAGGUGUGUCUUCAAGAGCCAGGGGGAUACGUAGUUUUGUGAACAUAAAUUUGGAUUGAAUAUUUUUUCCUUGUAAAUCCAGAAUUUAUGGUUUAGUAAAUCGUGUCCCCAUUUAAAUAACUGAGACAAAAAAUGGGGCCUAUUCACUAAAAUUGAUUGAUUGGCCAGGGCUGUAUUUUUCUUGUGCUUACUCUGCCCCUGAUUUGCCUCCUUUGCAAUCUUAGGCAAUCCAAUGCUGUCCUAUGGGAAAUCAUUGUGAUUGGCUGAGAUAUCCACUUCUGAUGAUGUCAGCCAAGCAGGCAGAUUAGGGACAGAACCAGCAGCAGCAGACUGGAAUAAAGGUAAGAUUUUAUUAGAUUUAAGGCAAGGUGGAGCCUAGGGGGCUAGAUAGUGUUUUUAACACUAUAGGGUCAGAAAUACAUGUUUGUGUUCCUGACACUAUAGUGUUUUUUUAAUGUUGUACCCCACUCCCUAUAGCAUUUAAGCCAAUUUGAGCCAUGUCCUCAACACCCUGUGUUCCUUUGCAUCCAACUCGACUUGUUGCAAAUAGAUGUCUGUUAGUCGACCUGCGCUACGGAAUUUGUUGGCACUUUAUAAAUAAUAAUAAUAAUGUAGGCCUUUUGGUUAUUCAUAAAUGGCAAAAUUAGUAAUUUCAUGCAAAUUUGCACUUCCAUUCGAAUUUGGACUUUUUUUUUUCUUGUAGCAGUGAAGUUGGCUGCUAUUUGUUUGCAGUUUGCUUGAGCUAUUUAUAAGCAAGCCUCGCUGCAACAUUGAGAUCCGUCUGAAAAUAUUAUCUCAACGCAUAUUCAAUUUGGUUGUUAAGGAAUACAGUGAAACUCUGAGGAAUUUUAUCAGAACCGAAAAGAAAUGAGCCAAGUUAUAAUUUAAAAAAUCACCUUUGGGAAAUUCAUCAUUAAUUACUGCUAGGUUCAUAGAGUUUAUUUCUUAUUUCUAUUAAAAAAAAAAAAAAAAAAGAAAGAAAGAAACUAAAAAGAACAAAUGAUUAAUGGGUUCAAGAGGUAGUGAUGCAGAAUGUUGAGAACCAGAAUUUCCUCUUACCAUAUGGGGCUCGCCAGAUGGAUUUCUAGACUGGAACUGUGCUCUAGCAUUUGUGUUGGCUAGAUGAUGUUGUCUGUCAAAUUCUAUAUCAUUGUGUUCUUCAGUCAUUUUGUAUCCAUAAAUGCACAAUGAUAACAAGUAACACUGGUGCUGCAACGCCACAUGACUGACACCAUGGUGGCACAUUGCUCUAGUCUUAUUAACUUAAAUAUGGAUGUAUUACAGAAAUCUACGCCAGCUAAACAGGUCUUGUGGAAGGAGGGAAUGAGCGCAGAAGAAAGGGAAAAACAACGAUCCAAGUUGGCUCAGUUAGAAAAAAGGCACAAUUUCCUGAGAAACCCUCGAUUUCUCCCACCGCACAGUAUGCAUGGAGGACGAUCUCUUAUUGUUCCCACCAAGAAAACCGAAAGAACAAUAUCGGGAAGGAAAAUAGUGGUUGAAGCAAAGUAUGAAAGCGUGAUAAAGUAUAUAAAUACAUGGAUGUGUAGAUAUUUGCUUCAUAGGUCUGGUAGAGCCACAUGCCUAACCAAAAACCCAUCAGAGUUUCUUUAGUCAACAUUGAGCAGAGGGUAAAUUUGGACAUCUCUAGUGAUUUUACAAAACACCGAAUUGGUUUCAGUAUUGGUGUUUGUUUUCUUACGCUCUUUCCCUCUAGAACUAGUGCCAGCCAGAGGGCUCUUGAUACUCCAGUUGAGGCUAACCCUGUCAUCUCAUUUGUCUCUGGGCUACAAUUACCUUGGGUCUAAAUAUAACGGGGUAUUACAGUUAGCCAUCACUGUAGCCAACAUUAAUUAUUUCGUAUUCCAAACCAGAAUUGAAACCUCUCUAAAUUUUCUUCUUAAUUUGGAGUUGGUGGGCUUGUGAAUGAGCUGCUUGUUCAUUAUAUCAUAAAAUGAAAUGUAGGGUUCAAACCUUUUGUAGCCGCAUUUCCAACUCCCAAUUCCCAAAUGAAUUUAUUCUAUUGUAUGAGAGUGUGGGAGAAAUGGUACCAACCAUAGAGGUAAUAUGAAUAUACAUUAAUUAGAUCCUUUCUUUAUAGUGACCCACAGGAACCAGUGCCAAUAUUUCUCGCCAACCCACCAGUGGUCUUCUUUCCCGAUUAUGAAGUUGGCCAGAUUUAUGAGGUGUGUUUGGUGUCUGAUACACUCCAAGAACAAGUAGCCUUUUAAUCUGUGUGAGUGUCUGAAUGCAAUGCAUUCUGGGUAUCUGAGUGUUCGGGAGCAGGUAGAAAGCUCGACAAUGAAAUCCAUGCAUUGACUCUCACUUUCUUUCUAUUUAUAUAUGGGGUGGAUUGGGAAUAUUGUAUUCAGCAGAAUUGCCUAAAUAAUGGGGAUUGAGUGUGUGUCACUAGGUCGUCAUAUAAGUAUUGCAGCUGCCUGUCCGUAGACAGGACGUUUCCUGGUAUACAUGCACUGCACUAAAACUCCCACUACUGGGAAGCAAUAUAGUAUUCACCCCCACUAUAUAAACAAAACCAAUUAAGUUAUCUGUGCAAUAUGCCAAACUCCACUGCACUUUUAUACAACAGAUAUAUAAGUCGAUUUUUGUUACAUUUCCAGGUUUCGUCCUAUGCUCGUAUUAGGUCCGCUGGCAGUCGGUUUGCAUAUCUAAUUAUUCUCAUUUUGUGUAUAAUGCCAUUUUACUCUCAGAGCAGCAGGCUGAUCUCUGUUAUUAGAGAGUCCUCACAAUUUCUGUAUUCACGCCAACAGAGUGGUCUGGGGCCUCAGUAACCACAGAUGUCUAUGUAUUGGUAGAGAAUGAUCCAGGGCAGUAACGCUAAUGGCAGUCCAGCAAUAUCCAUUUGUAGCAUUAGUUUGGUGAACAUUGUUUUAGUUUUACAAUUAGCUCAGUGACCUAUUCUUCAAGUGUACUGUAAUAAUAAAAAUAAAUACAUUAAACCAAACACCUUAAUUAAACUCUGUCUAGUCUCAUAGAAGACUCAACUACGUUGGGCAAGGCAGUUCUGCUACAGUAAACAAUUUAUUACAGGCAGUUUCCUAUGACAUGGCGACUAUGAUGUGCCUUUUCCAGCAUUUGGGGACCAAAUUUUGAGCUUCAACCCAGAGGCUUUGGGUAAUCACUGGUCCAACAAAAUUGCUGUAGAGUUUCUUUGUUGACUACCUCUCCAAUAGGAGUUUAUAAUGUAGUAGGAUAUGGGGUGUUAGGCUGUUGAAGAAGAUUGAUGCUGUAAUUCAAAUUUACAACUCUAUUUAUUUUUUUCUCCAAUACACAAAGAUGACUAUUGAACUUCGAAACAUGACUGCGUCCAGUCGCCAUGUGAGAGUGAUCCCUCCAUCCACCCCUUACUUCUCUAUCUGCCUGGGUAAGUCCGGACGUUUGAUAGCAAUCACAGUGAUCUAAUGUUUAAGUGAUAAAGCUUUGGUAAUGAAAAAAUGUCUCCUUUAAAUGUAUAGCCGUGAUCAUCUUCGUAAAUUUCACCAGCUCAACAAAUGCAGAAUGAGCCAGAUGUUUAUCCAGUAGCUGUAACCCCUUUAUCCAGUAGCUGUAAUCCCUACAGUUAAUUCACUGCAUUAUUAUUAUUACAAUAUUAUUAUUAUGUGAAAAGGACACUCUCAUAAGAGUGGUUAUGGUACAAGGAGACUAUGGAUGCAUUUUUUUCAAGUUUUUGUCAAACUUUUUUUUUUUUUUUUUUUUUUACAAAUAAUGUGGCACUCCUGAACAUAAAGCCUGGUCCCUCUGCUGCAGUCAAAAUAGAUGUUCAUCAAUAAAAAAGCACACCGUGAUUGUGCUCACCUUAUAGACUUUAAUAUUUCUGUCUUUUUGGGAUGAACUUAAUCAAGAGAAUUCCCAAAUAAAUAAAAGGUCACAUAAAACACAGGUCAUUGCAGGACCCAAAUAGGAAAAUAGAAGCCAUUAACUCUGUGCAGCUAACACGUCACACACCGUUUCUCUAGUAGAGUAAAUAUCAAACUCAAAUAGAGAACGAGGGCAGCGUUAUCUGAUGCAAAAAGUGCACACAAAAGACUUAAUUCAUUGAUAAAUGGACAACCUGUAAUAUCUGUAUUCUUAUUUUGUCCUUCAAUAAACAUUGGAAGCACAUUUUUGUAUCUGAUAGAGCUGCCCUCAUUCUUCUGUAUUUGAUUGCAAAUAAAGGUCAGAAACAAAUAAUCCCAUCAAGCCAUUCAUAGUUUUAUCUUUCAUAUAACAUUAUGACACACUCGCAGGGCAGAAUUUUAAUUCCUCGCUAUCUUGCAAUCGGUCCAGUUCUGGAUGGAGAUGAUAGACUGUGAACACUGAGGGGUAGGUUAGCUCAGUGAUCGCAGGCUAUCAUUGGCUUUAAAAGUGAUCAGGUUGAUUAAUUUAUAUAUAUUUCACCCCCUGGUUAUUUAUAUGUUCCUGUAAUGUGUUCUGAUAUAUAAAUUUUGUAUCCCCUUUUAUCGCUGACUUUUUAGGGAAGUUUCCAGGAGAGGGCGGGAUAGUUGCGCCAGGAAUGAGCUGCCAUUACACCAUUCGGUUUGUUCCGGAUUCCCUGGCAGAUUUCGAGGAUUAUAUACUGGUCGAGACCCAAGCACCAUAUCCUGUUUUGGUUCCCAUAGAAGCAAGACGAGCACCUCCUGCACUAACCAGUAAGUGCUGUGUGCUAAAUACGCUCAUAUUCACAUAAUACACACAGUUCCUUAUUACCAGCCAAGUGACCCAUAUCAGCAUUGCCCACAGGGCAUCGGCAUGUAUUGAUAUGUUAUUGUAGUCAGUAUAGUAAUAACUGAAAGGAUAUUACACCAUACACACACACACCAUACCACCAGGAUAUAACACCACACACACCACCAGAAUAUAACGCCACACACCACCAGGAUAAAACAACACACGCCACCAGGAUAUAACACUACACACACCACCAGAAUAUAACGCCACACACCACCAGGAUAUAACAACACACGCCACCAGGAUAUAACACUACACACACCACAUGCCACCAGGAUAUAACACCACACACCACCAGGAUAUAACACCACACACCACCAGGAUAUAACACCACACACCACACGCCACCAGGAUAUAACACCACACACCACCAGGAUAUAACACCACACACCACACGCCACCAGGAUAUAACACCACACACCACCAGGAUAUAACACUACACACACCACAUGCCACCAGGGUAUAAAACUACAUGCACCACCAGGAUAUAACACCACACACCACCAGGAUAUAACACCACACACACCACACACCACCAGGAUAUAACACCACACACACCACACACCACACACCACCAGGAUAUAACAACACACGCCACCAGGAUAUAACACCACACGCCACCAGGAUAUAACACCACACACACCACACACCACCAGGAUAUAACACUACCAGGAUAUAACACUACCAGGAUAUAACAUCACACGCCACCAGGAUAUAACACCACACACCACCAGGAUAUAACACCACACGCCACCAGGAUAUAACACCACACGCCACCAGGAUAUAACAACACACGCCACCAGGAUAUAACACUACACACACCACACGCCACCAGGAUAUAACACCACACACCAUACACCACCAGGAUAUAACAUCACACACCACCAGGAUAUAACACUACACACACCACCAGGAUAUAACACCACACACCAUACACCACCAGGAUAUAACGCCACACACCACCAGGAUAUAACGCCACACGCCACCAGGAUAUAACACCACACGCCACCAGGAUAUAACACCACACGCCACCAGGAUAUAACACCACACGCCACCGGGAUAUAACACCACACACCACCGGGAUAUAACACCACACACCACCAGGAUAUAACACUACACACCACCAGGAUAUAACACCACACGCCACCAGGAUAUAACACUACACACACCACACGCCACCAGGAUAUAACAACACACGCCACCAGGAUAUAACACUACACACACCACACGCCACCAGGAUAUAACACCACACACCACCAGGAUAUAACACCACACACCAUACACCACCAGGAUAUAACACCACACGCCACCAGGAUAUAACGCCACACCACCAGGAUAUAACACCACACACCACCGGGAUAUAACACCACACACCAUCAGGAUAUAACACUACACACACCACACACCACCAGAAUAUAACACCACACACCACCAGGAUAUAACACUACACACACCACACGCCACCAGGAUAUAACACCACACACCAUACACCACCAGGAUAUAACACCACACACCACACACCACCAGGAUAUAACAUCACACACCACCAGGAUAUAACACUACACACACCACCAGGAUAUAACACCACACACCAUACACCACCAGGAUAUAACGCCACACACCACCAGGAUAUAACGCCACGCCACCAGGAUAUAACACCACCACCAGGAUAUAACACCACACGCCACCAGGAUAUAACACCACAGGAUAUAACACCACACCACCAGGAUAUAACACUACACACACCACCAGGAUAUAACACCACACACGCCACCAGGAUAUAACGCCACACACCACCAGGAUAUAACAACACACGCCACCAGGAUAUAACACCACACGCCACCAGGAUAUAACACCACACACCACCAGGAUAUAACACCACACACCAUACACCACCAGGAUAUAACGCCACACGCCACCAGGAUAUAACAGGAUAUAACACCACACGCCACCAGGAUAUAACACCACACACCACCGGGAUAUAACACCACACACCAUCAGGAUAUAACACUACACACACCACACACCACCAGAAUAUAACACCACACACCACCAGGAUAUAACCCCACAUAGCAGCAGAACGGAAUGCAGAUGAAAGAAUUAACAGUUCUGUCCUCAUUCAGUGACACCUGAAAACAGGGUGCUGAUUUGGGUUAAAAGGUACCAAUGGUUGUAAAUUCUCCCCCUACACUAUAAAACUCUAUUAUAGAGGGAAAUCAACUAUCCAAUAUAUGGCAAGCUAAGAAGAGCCAUUAAAAACCCCAAAAAAUUUCUGCUUAAACUCAGUACAUAAGAAGAACAAAAAACAUUAAGUGUUUUUUCUUUGUGCAAUGCAAAUCAAGGCAAAACCCAUUUAUACAUAGAUUUGGCGGAGACAGCUAUCUAUACAUACGGUUGGUAAGGAAGAGGUCAGUGGCUGCACUAUACGUGAAACCAGAUAAAUCACCUGAUAGAUCAUGGAAUUAACAAUUAUUAUUCUAUUUGUGUACUUCAUAAGUCGGGGGGGGGUUGUAAUGGUAUGAUGAAAUAUUUAUUAUGUGCCGUUAUUGUCUCUGAGCUGAACAUCAAUAUAAACAUGUACUGCACAUUGACAUUCAGUUAUUUUCCCUAAUGUGAUUGUUUUAUCUUACUUAGCCUAUACAGUAUAAUAAUACAGGUUAAUAAAAGACUCCAGUCCAUCGAGUUCAGCAAUUCUCAUGUCUCUGUUUUUGCUGUUAAUCCUAAAUAUGAUGAAAUCAGUAUUUUGAAGUGAUUUACAAUUGUGUCACAAAAUGUAGAAACAUUCCCUUUGAUUACUCCAUGGAUCAGCAAGCUGGAACCUGGAAUAUUAACUAUUAUAUGGUUGAAUAUCCAGCAGCUGUACAUAUUGUUUUCUUUCUGUUUAGUACCCCACACUUUAGACUGUGGCCCCUGCUUGGUGGGAGGAGUUAAGGUCAUGGAGUGGAUCUGCCGCAACGAUGGGAUGAGCCGUGGACGGUUCUGCAUCAUGCCAAAAAGUGCGUGGCCUCCGGCGAGUUUCAGGGUAAGAGACAUUGUGGGUUCAUUCAAGUACAUGAAUAUGUUAAUAAAUGCACCUGUGAUAUUGGAACUCUCUCCGUUUAAAUGAAGCUCCCUACAAUUCAGUGUUUAUUAAAUAAACACCAUAGUGGCUGGGCUACCUUGAUUGUGUGUAUAGGAAAGUGUGUAACUCCUCUCUCAGUAAACAGACUUUUUGCCGAUCUCUCUCGAUCAAAGCAAAGCCUUCUAAUAACUUAGUACAUGAUGCAGCCAAGGAAUGUAUUAUUCUUAGCAUUUCUCAUCAUUGACUAAUGCCUGAAUUUUUUUAUUUUUUUUUAUAUUUUAGGCCAAAAUAGAUUCAUUGAAAAAAUUGUGGACUGGAGAUUUUUUUUCCAAUUUUCAAAUUGGCCUAAUAUUUGAUAUUCAUUUUGAAUUCUCUAUCAUUCAUUGAUCACUCAUUCAGUUUUUAAAUUAUUUAUUUAUUUAUUUUGUUUUGUUAUGUUACUUAAGAGCGUGGCUACAGGAGGAUUUGUGGAAAAAGGCCCAUUUGGUAUUCAUCCAUCGUUUUUCGAAUUAUAUCCUGGUCAAGAGAUCAUCAUUGAGGUCAGUUGGUGGCAAAUAAAACCCCUUCAUUAUAUGGUUUUGAUAUGUUAGUAAAUAUCAUUUAGUGUAAUCAUUAUUUUUUACAGUGUUUGGAAAGCUGUGAAUACACAGAAUCAGCAGUAUUUUACCCGUAUAAAAGAAGCUUGAUAAUGAUAAUUUUACAGAAUAAUGCAAGCUUUCAUAAAUUAUUUUAUUUUUUUGAAAAGAGACAUACAUCUAUUUUAAAUAUAAAUAUUUAAGAUUUUACCAACUUAGUCUGGAGUACCUAGAGGUUAAGGAGAUAAUAUGGUAUUUAAUAUGUAAAAUGAAAAUUCUGAUGGGAUUACAUGCAUCUCAACAUUUCAAAUUGACAAAUGGAGGCAAUUUAAUUUUAGGAGUGUGAUUGGGGAUGUGGCCAGGGGCAGGGCUGAUCUGCAGAAUUAUAGGUGACUAACUAAUAGCAAUCUAUGCAGCUAAAAUGUAAUUUGGAACAAGAACAAUGUAUCUUGUUUACACAGAUUGAUUUCUAAACACAUUGCUGUGUAACUCUGUUAUUCACUCAGACACAUUACUGGGAGUAUUAUUACUGUGGAGCUCUGUUAUACACUCAGACACAUUACUGGGAGUAUUAUUGCUGUGGAGCUCUGUUAUACACUCAGACACAUUACUGGGAGUAUUAUUGCUGUGGAGCUCUGUUAUACACUCAGACACAUUACUGGGAGUAUUAUUGCUGUGGAGCUCUGUUAUACACUCAGACACAUUACUGGGAGUAUUAUUGCUGUGCUGUUAUACACUCAGACACAUUACUGGGAGUAUUAUUGCUGUGGAGCUCUGUUAUACACUCAGACACAUUACUGGGAGUAUUAUUGCUGUGGAGCUCUGUUAUACACUCAGACACAUUACUGGGAGUAUUAUUGCUGUGGAGCUCUGUUAUACACUCAGACACACCAACAAGGAGCUCCUAGAAAAGAGGGACAUUAGGAUUUAAAGGAUGGACAGGGGGAUUGGGCCCAAAAUAGGGACUGUCCCUCCUAAAUAGGAACAUUUGGAAUGUAUGGGAUUAUAAUUACUUCAUAGAAAGGGUAGUAGUUACCUAAAACAGCAUUACCGGUGGAUAUGGUGGAAUGCUAACAUUAAUAAUAAAAAUUUAAAGUGCUUUGCAUGUACAUAAGAUCAAUUUAAAAUCACAAUUAAUUUUUUAGGCAAAUCGGAAAAUGGACUCAUUGCUUUCAAUGUUUAUCUGAUAUGAAAUUUUCUGCACCUAUUGUAUAUUGACUGGUUGCAAUAACUCUUUAUUCUUGGAGCAAUCUGUGGUUAAUUGGUGCCUGUUUCACAAUAUAUUGUCUUUCAGGUUGUGUUUUUUCCAUCAUCUCCUGAAACGUACAACCACGUUUUUACCAUUGCUUGUGAUAACUGCCAGGUCAAAGAUGUCAUACUGGCAGGUAUGUUUAUUUGGCUCAUCAGCGUUUCGUCAGUGGUCAUCAACCUUAUGGGGGAUGUCUAUGGGCUUCACCAGGGGGGAGGGGGGAUGCUGGCUGCAACCUAACCUAAGCGUUUUGUUAAAAGUGAGAUCUGUAUGUUGUUUUCUUCUUUUAAUAUUUGCUUUCCAUAUUGUCUUUAAAUAAUAAUACUGUCUUUAUAGUCUUUAAAUAUUAAUCUUGACUUCUCAACUUGGCAGAGCAUAACAAAAGCUUCCUCCCUUGCUCCUCUGCCUAGAAUCCCCAAUGUACUAGUGCAGUGUCCACUGCAUGGCCUUCCACUAUGAAGCCAUUAUGAAACAUAUCUGAUUUGCAGCCACUUGGUCAUAGUUGCACGUUUCUCAAAUCUUUACAAUUUUUAAUGUUUUUGUGUCCAAUUAUGCAGAAGGAUGGUCUUAACAGGAAAAUGCUGUUGUGUAGACCCUGAGUCUGUUUGAGUUAGUUCAAUUAACAUACUGUCUCUGACAUGUUUCAAAAACUCUUGUUGGGACAAAUGCAUUUUUUUUGUACAAAUUUUAAAUUUUACAACACAAAAUUCUAUUGGAUUGUCGUAUAAAUUCAGUAUGAUUUUUGUCAUCAUGCCAACAACCUCUCUCUGCUCAUUAUUAUUAUUGUUGUUGUUAUAUUGUACUUUUCUCUUCAUACCCAGGGUGUGGAGAGCUGGCAGGGCUGGAAGUAGUGUCUAUAGGUGGAGAGAGCACAGCCGAGGCCGGGGAAAUAACAGAUGUCUCAGCAAAGCAUAUGGUACAGUUUCCACCCACAAAUCUGUGUUCCUGUGUGAAGAAAAGUCUGGUUAUCUGGAAUUCCACGUAAGGGAAAAUAAAGUGAUUGGAUUUCAUUAUAAACCCAAGCCUAGCCAACAGCCCAAGGGCCCAGAGUUCUACAUACAAAGUAAAGUGGAAAGGCUUCAAUAGACUGAUACUCUAAGCACCAAAACAAAGAAACCGUGUUAGUGUAGAGCUCAUACUGAUCAAUUCUCUGACAUCUAGGAGUUAAAUCACGUGUGUUUCUGUUUAUGCAGUUGUACUCACACCUCCCCUGCAUGAAAACAAUGCUUUAACAUUCAAUAAGAUCUUACAGCAGAGUGUAUUUACUUUAGAAGUUCUUAUCUCCUUCUAUGUUAAUUGAACUUUAAUCACACCUAGUCAACUGUAGCAGGUUAUGCACAGAGCAGGAGAUAUGAAAUUCUAAAUUAAACACACCGCGCACUAAGGGGAUGUAGACUGUAGGAGAUGUAGGCUGUGCAAGUUUCAGCCAGGUGAGAUGGGUAGGACUCCAUAAAUAAAGCGACACUGCAUGGGGCAUGAUCUAUGCAACAAACCACUUCACUAAUCUAAGGUUUUGGGGCUUAGAGUGUCCCUUUAAAGUUGGAUGACAUAAAGUGAUUUGAUUCCAAUAUAGAGUAACGUGGUAGUCCGUUUCCUGAGUUGUACAUGGUGUGGUGAGCAGAUUUACAUGAGUUUUAACGAUAUUGGCCACAGAAGGCACAUUUCUAGGCUGAGCCAGAUUUCAAGCACUAGUGCCAUUACAUAACCUUUCCAUUUACAUGACAUUAACCUAUAAAGACCCCAGCAGAUUACUGAACAGACAAGGUUUGACAAAAUGCACCCCUGACGUGAUAAUCAUUAACAUCUUGUAUUUAAACAAUACAGGAUUAAUUCAUUAAUUUCUUUGUAAAUUAUAUUUUUAUUGGUUGCUAGACAGAAAUUCAAGCUCAGAGCCAACGGACACACAGGUCCAACUCCAAGUCAACCAUAAUUUCCAGGUUGCCCAAGAUAAUGUUGAUGAAAACUAAAAAUCUUGUGGACAUGCAGGUCCAUCAUAAUAUAUUAAGGCACAUUCAACAAGAUAGAACAGUUAUGCUAAAUCAUGUUUCAGAGUGUGAUUGUUGUGGAGUAUCAAUUAACAGAUAAAUCCUAAGAGCACUGACCCCCAUACACCUCCACAACAACCAGAUGGGUCCACAGAAGCCCAUAUCUCCUAGUCCCUACUUGAUCCCUCUCUAGAAGGUCCUUAAUUUGAGAGUAUUCUCAACGCUAAUAGAGUCAUAAACUCUGCUCAAUCAGGUACCCUUGUAAACGUGAAUUUUAGGUUAUAUUAGAGGCGGCGGAGGUCUACAGUUCCAGGGCUCCACAAAUAUGCUCUUGACAGGUGACCCGAGAUGCCAUCCUGUAGUGACUAAAUUCCUCCCCAGUUCCAUUUAUACACUGGUCUAUGUUCCAUAAGUCAACAGUCAUUGGAAAUGCACAUGAUAUGCGGUCGCCAGCCAGUGUGUCCAUAUGUCUACAUACAGUUGGGUACAUCCAUUUGUCAUGAAAAUCAGUUCUUCUAGUCGUCUAAAGUCUUGCAUUUUAUCAGACUAAACAGUAAGAGGUGGUAAUUUGUCCUGUUUCCAGUAAAGGGAACAAUUUGUAGCAGUAUUUAAAAUCCAAAGGGUCAGGGAUUUCUUAUAUUUGGCCACCGAUGAGGUGGUAUGAUGGAAGAGAAAAGGAGCAGGGCAAAAGGGUGGAGGGCUGUCAGAGAACUUCUGUAGGAUUGCUUCCAUCGCCUUCCAGAAAGGUUUAACCUUUGAACACUGCCAACAAAUGUGAAGAAGGAAACCUGUAGCUACAUGGCAAUGCCAACAGUCUCCAUGUAGGACAGGAUUCAUACUCCAAAGAAGCUGCGGCAUUCUAUACAACAUGAAUAACACUUUUUAGGCUGUUUCUGGGUUUUGCUGGCUAGUGCACAAUUUUGUACUAGAUCACAUAUCUUACACCACUCUUGUGGAAGCCGAGAGAUUCAUAUUGCGUUGCAAUAAUGAGUGUAGAAGUGAAACAGUAUGUGGUUGAGGAUCUGGGUGGACACGUGUUCAAAGGAGGUGAAAGCUCGGUAUAAGUCAGGUUGUUUGGGUAUUUGGCGUAUAAACUUACACUUGUUCAUGUUUCAGUCUGUGUAAAAACAUGUCUGGGGCUCCGUCUAAUAAGUUGCGAAACUGUCUGAGUUUGUCCCCAACCACCAUAUUCCUAAUCUGAAAAGGUUUUCGUGUUAAAAACAUGUGAAUUUCUUCCUAUCUAUGCCUAGAGGAAAUUCGGGUUGUUUGUCAAAGGGAAGAAAGGUAAAGGAUUCAUUUAUUUUAACUUGGGUCUGACUUAUUUAAAUUGAGAACUUCACCAAUCAUCUGUCCUUACUAGCGAUUAGUCACUAGUGAUUUGUCAGCACAGACAUGUUAUCAUUGCAGAGAGAUGGUUUUGGCUCAGGAACCAAAGAAUUCUGAAGUUAAUUUAAUAUAGAAUGCUUGGCGAUAAGACAACAACCCACCAUAGUGUGCAGACAGUACAGAUGUAUUCACAUAUUAGAACUGUUUUAGCAUGCUGACCGAGCAGAGAGCAGGACCCCAUAAUAGCCAGGGGUACUUCGCCGAAAGCUCCUCAAGCAAUUCCUGAUUUAUGCCUUUUGGAACUCGUUGAAAGCAAUAUCAGUCAGGCAAACCCAGUCUGUACUGAGGGACAUCAUCAAUAGUGAUGUACCGAACAGUUCGCCGGCGAACGGUUCCCGGCGAACAUAGCGUGUUCGCGUCCGCCGCGGACGGCGAACGCAUGCGCGGUUCGAUCCGCCCCCUAUUCGUCAUCAUUGAGUAAAUUUUGACCCUGUACCUCACAGUCAGCAGACACAUUCCAGCCAAUUAGCAGCACACCCUCCCUAGCAGACCCUCCCACCUACUGGAAGGCAUCCAUUUUACAUUCAUUCUCAAGCUGCAUGCUUAGUGAGAGGAGGGAAAGAAUGCUGAUUGGCUUUAUUACUGUAUCUAUGCAACAAGAAUAAAGAUUUAAAUAACGCACAUUUUAAAAAUACAGCAAUGUGUUUUUUAAAUGUGCUAUAAUUCAGUGGUAUUUAACAUAUGCAUUCUUUCCCACAAUUUAUCACCAUUUUGAACAAAUAAAGUGCAAAUAAAGUUCAAAGAUAAAAGUUGUGUGAAAAAAUGUGUUAUUAUUUUUAUUUGCAGCCAGUUAGUAAAUGCCUCCCUGAAUAUUGUCAUUUUCUUAUUUACCCAGGCACGUCCCUCUUCCAUUUUACUGGCAGAUAAUAAAACCCAGUUUGCAAACUUUACUACCCGGAGCAGCUGUCGAUAUUGCCGAGAGUGAAGAGACAACGACGGCAUUUAGCAUUAGCCCAACGGAGGGAGUCAUAGGACCUCACCAAGCGCAUACGUUCUCUGUGACAUACAAACCCACUAAGGUAAUCUGUAUGAAAAAUAUCUGCAUUUAUGUGGGAAAAAGUACUGUUGUGCAUCAUCUGCAUAUCUCAAGUUGGACUUUGGGCAUAAAAUCUUGAGAAAUCACGUUUCCACAACUAUCUAAGAGUACCCACCUUGAUAUAUCCACAACUAUCCCAGGAUUCCCAGCUUGCUAUAUCCACAACUAUCCCAGGAAUCCCAGCUUGAUAUAUCCACAACUAUCCCAGGAUUCCCAGCUUGAUAUAUCCACAACUAUCCCAGGAUUCCCAGCUUGAUAUAUCCACAACUAUCCCAGGAUUCCCAGCUUGAUAUAUCCACAACUAUCCCAGGAUUCCCAGCUUGCUAUAUCUAUAACUAUCCCUGCGUUCUGAGUUUGAUAUAUCCACAACUAUCCCAGGAUUCCCAGCUUGAUAUAUCCACAACUAUCCCAGGAUUCCCAGCUUGAUAUAUCCACAACUAUCCCAGGAUUCCCAGCUUGAUAUAUCCACAACUAUCCCAGGAUUCCCAGCUUGAUAUAUCCACAACUAUCCCAGGAUUCCCAGCUUGAUAUAUCCACAACUAUCCCAGGAUUCCCAGCUUGCUAUAUCUAUAACUAUCCCUGCGUUCUGAGUUUGAUAUAUCCACAACUAUCCCAGGAUUCCCAGCUUGAUAUAUCCACAACUAUCCCAGGAUUCCCAGCUUGAUAUAUCCACAACUAUCCCAGGAUUCCCAGCUUGAUAUAUCCACAACUAUCCCAGGAUUCCCAGCUUGAUAUAUCCACAACUAUCCCAGGAUUCCCAGCUUGAUAUAUCCACAACUAUCCCAGGAUUCCCAGCUUGCUAUAUCUAUAACUAUCCCUGCGUUCUGAGCUUGAUAUAUCCACAACUAUCUCAGCGUUCUGAGCCUGAUAUAUCCACAACUGUCUCCGUGUUCCGAGCUUGAUAUAUCCACAACUAUCCCAGCGUUCCCAACUUUACAUAUCCAAAACUAUCCCAGAGUUCCCAGUUUGACAUGCAAAUGAGCACAGACACCCUUUGUGUUUCAGCCGUCAUUCUCCAUUUCUGCAGGUAUCCAUGAUUUCUCCAUUUUCUGUGCCCAAGGAGGACUCUCCAAAUUGACAAAUGCAGGUGAUGCACAACAGUAUUUUUUUCUCAUUGCACUGUGUAGAAUUUGAUUGUGUUUGUCCUCACCACAAUCUUUUUGGCACCUAUAUAUACAUUUACUAUAAUUAGUAAAAUUAAAAUGAUAGUUGUUUUUUCCUGUUUAAUGCAUCACCAUCCUCUCCUGUUUCUUUGUUUUGAAGCUGAUUGAGUAUCACAGUAUUGCUCAGAUGGUUCUCCAGGACAUUCCAGAUCCGUCAAGGUAAAGUGGGAAGCAUUCAAGUGGUACAUGAGGUUUUAAAGGGUAAUGUAGGUAUCACAGUGGUAUAUGAGGUAUUAAAGGGUAAUGUAGGUAUUGCAGUGGUAUAUGAGGUAUUAAAGGGCAAUGUAGGGAUUGCAGUGGUAUAUGAGGUAUUAAAGGGUAAUGUAGGUUUUAGAGUGGAAUAUGAGGUAUUAAAGGGUAAUGUAGGUAUUGCAGUGGUAUACGAGGUAUUAAAGGGUAAUGUAGGUAUCACAGUGGUAUAUGAGGUAUUAAAGGGUAAUGUAGGUUUUAGAGUGGUAUAUGAGGUAUUAAAGGGUAAUGUAGGUAUUGCAGUGGUAUAUGAGGUAUUAAAGGGCAAUGUAGGUAUCACAGUGGUAUAUGAGGUAUUAAAGGGUAAUGUAGGUAUUGCAGUGGUAUAUGAGGUAUUAAAGGGCAAUGUAGGUAUAACAGUGGUAUAUGGGGUAUUAAAGGGUAAUGUAGGUAUUGCAGUGGUAUUUGGGGUAUUAAAGGGCAAUGUAGGUAUUGCAGUGGUAUAUGAGGUAUUAAAGGGCAAUGUAGGUAUAACAGUGGUAUAUGGGGUAUUAAAGGGUAAUGUAGGUAUUGCAGUGGUAUUUGGGGUAUUAAAGGGCAAUGUAGGUAUUGCAGUGGUAUAUGAGGUAUUAAAGGGUAAUGUAGGUAUUGCAGUGGUAUAUGAGGUAUUAAAGGGUAAUGUAGGUAUUGCAGUGGUAUAUGGGGUAUUAAAGGGUAAUGUAGAUAUUACAGUGGUAUAUGAGGUAUUAAAGGAUAAUGUAGGUAUUGCAGUGGUAUAUGAGGUAUUAAAGGGUAAUGUACAUAUUACAGUGGUAUAUGAGGUAUUGAAGGGUAAUGUAGGUAUUGCAGUGGUAUAUGAGGUAUUAAAGGGUAAUGUAGGUAUUGCAGUGGUAUAUGAGGUAUUAAAGGGUAAUGUAGGUAUUGCAGUGGUAUAUGGGGUAUUAAAGGGCAAUGUAGGUAUUGCAGUGGUAUAUAAGGUAUUAAAGGGUAAUGUAGGUAUUGCAGUGGUAUAUGAGGUAUUAAAGGGCAAUGUAGGUAUCACAGUGGUAUAUGAGGUAUUAAAGGGCAAUGUAGGUAUCACAGUGGUAUAUGAGGUAUUAAAGGGCAAUGUAGGUAUCACAGUGGUAUAUGAGGUAUUAAAGGGUAAUGUAGGUAUUGCAGUGGUAUAUGGGGUAUUAAAGGGCAAUGUAUGUAUUGCAGUGGUAUAUGAGGUAUUACAGGGUAAUGUAGGUAUUGCAGUGGUAUAUGAGGUAUUAAAGGGCAAUGUAGGUAUCACAGUGGUAUAUGGGGUAUUAAAGGGUAAUGUACAUAUUACAGUGGUAUAUGAGGUAUUAAAGGGCAAUGUAGGUAUCACAGUGGUAUAUGAGGUAUUAAAGGGUAAUGUAGGUAUUGCAGUGGUAUAUGAGGUAUUAAAGGGCAAUGUAGGUAUCACAGUGGUAUAUGAGGUAUUAAAGGGCAAUGUAGGUAUUGCAGUGGUAUAUAAGGUAUUAAAGGGUUAUGUAGGUAUUGCAGUGGUAUAUGAGGUAUUAAAGGGCAAUGUAGGUAUCACAGUGGUAUAUGAGGUAUUAAAGGGCAAUGUAGGUAUUGCAGUGGUAUAUAAGGUAUUAAAGGGUAAUGUAGGUAUUGCAGUGGUAUAUGAGGUAUUAAAGGGCAAUGUAGGUAUUGCAGUGGUAUAUAAGGUAUUAAAGGGUAAUGUAGGUAUUGCAGUGGUAUAUGAGGUAUUAAAGGGCAAUGUAGGUAUUGCAGUGGUAUAUGAGGUAUUAAAGGGUAAUGUAGGUAUUGCAGUGGUAUAUGAGGUAUUAAAGGGCAAUGUAGGUAUUGCAGUGGUAUAUGAGGUAUUAAAGGGCAAUGUAGGUAUCACAGUGGUAUAUGAGGUAUUAAAGGGUAAUGUACAUAUUACAGUGGUAUAUGAGGUAUUAAAGGGUAAUGUAGGUAUCACAGUGGUAUAUGGGGUAUUAAACGGUAAUGUAGGUAUCACAGUGGUAUAUGGGGUAUUAAACGGUAAUGUAGGUAUCACAGUGGUAUAUGAGGUAUUAAAGGGUAAUGUAGGUAUUGCAGUGGUAUAUGGGGUAUUAAAGGGCAAUGUAGGGAUUAGGCAGUGGUAUAUGAGGUAUUAAAGGGUAAUGUAGGUAUUGCAGUGGUAUAUGGGGUAUUAAAGGGCAAUGUAGGUAUCACAGUGGUAUAUGAGGUAUUAAAGGGUAAUGUAGGUAUUGCAGUGGUAUAUGAGGUAUUAAAGGGCAAUGUAGGUAUCACAGUGGUAUAUGAGGUAUUAAAGGGCAAUGUAGGUAUUGCAGUGGUAUAUAAGGUAUUAAAGGGUAAUGUAGGUAUUGCAGUGGUAUAUGAGGUAUUAAAGGGCAAUGUAGGUAUUGCAGUGGUAUAUGAGGUAUUAAAGGGCAAUGUAGGUAUCACAGUGGUAUAUGAGGUAUUAAAGGGUAAUGUACAUAUUACAGUGGUAUAUGAGGUAUUAAAGGGUAAUGUAGGUAUCACAGUGGUAUAUGGGGUAUUAAACGGUAAUGUAGGUAUCACAGUGGUAUAUGAGGUAUUAAAGGGUAAUGUAGGUAUUGCAGUGGUAUAUGGGGUAUUAAAGGGCAAUGUAGGGAUUGCAGUGGUAUAUGAGGUAUUAAAGGGUAAUGUAGGUAUUGCAGUGGUAUAUGAGGUAUUAAAGGGCAAUGUAGGGAUUGCAGUGGUAUAUGAGGUAUUAAAGGGUAAUGUAGGUAUUGCAGUGGUAUAUGAGGUAUUAAAGGGCAAUGUAGGUAUUGCAGUGGUAUUUGGGGUAUUAAAGGGCAAUGUAGGUAUUGCAGUGGUAUAUGAGGUAUUAAAGGGCAAUGUAGGGAUUGCAGUGGUAUAUGAGGUAUUAAAGGGUAAUGUAGGUAUUGCAGUGGUAUAUGAGGUAUUAAAGGGCAAUGUAGGUAUUGCAGUGGUAUUUGGGGUAUUAAAGGGCAAUGUAGGUAUUGCAGUGGUAUAUGGGGUAUUAAAGGGUAAUGUAGGUAUUGCAGUGGUAUAUGGGGUAUUAAAGGGUAAUGUAGGUAUUGCAGUGGUAUAUGAGGUAUUAAAGGGUAAUGUAGGUAUUGCAGUGGUAUAUGGGGUAUUAAAGGGUAAUGUAGGUAUUACAGUGGUAUAUGAGGUAUUAAAGGGUAAUGUAGGUAUUGCACUGGUAUAUGAGGUAUUAAAGGGUAAUGUAGGUAUUGCAGUGGUAUAUGGGGUAUUAAAGGGUAAUGUAGGUAUCACAGUGGUAUAUGAGGUAUUAAAGGGUAAUGUAGGUAUUAACAGUGGUAUAUGAGGUAUUAAAGGGUAAUGUAGGUAUCACAGUGGUAUAUGAGGUAUUAAAGGGUAAUGUAGGUAUCACAGUGGUAUAUGAAUUAUUAAAUGGUUAUUUGAAGUAUUAAAAUGAUGUAUAAAGUAGAAUAUGAAUUAUUAAAGUUUAUCUUCUUGCUGGAAACGUAGAGAAGACAAUACCAGCUUGACGCACAAUAUCAGCUUUAUUCUAUAUUCUGUGCUUGCAAAAUUACCAGCAAAUCUACAGACUAAGGUAUUUAUUCCCGUUCACAAUAGCUGGGAGGAAGUGAUUUGAGAUCCCUCACCACCUGCAAUCACUGCUCAGAUUGCACUAGCAGAUAUCUGAUGUCACACUGGGACUAAUGAUAGGCCAGUUCCUGGCUGGCUCUGGCAGCCUUGAGUGCCGUGCAAAGACACCUCGAGUGCCAUGCAUGGCACACGUGCCAUAGGUUGCUGAUGCCUGGUCUAGGUUAUAUAACUUUGAAGAGCAGCCAUUAAUUUAUAACCAGUAUAUUUUGUGAUGAGACGACACUCUUAAAUAUUUGAGGUCUUCACGAUAUCUUAUAACUUUAUUUUUUUUUCUUCAUUGUCCUUCCCAGUGUGGUAAGUCAGGCAGUAAGUCUUGCAACUCUAGAAGCCAGUCUGAAAGAUGCCAUCGUUUUAGAUAUGGAAUUUAAAGGCAGCACAGAGGCAUUUAAUAUAUUACUGCUGCCCUAUACGAUUAUCUUUCCCGGUGAAGGGUUCAUUGGAACAACCAUGAGAAAGGAAUUUCAGGUCAGUAAAACGUUAUAUAACAAGACUGCCAUAUUUUCUUUGCACAACACCCAGUGCUCUGUAUCAAAAUAAAUCAUUCUUAAAUAAUAUAUUUCAUUAUUAGAAUUAAACGGUAAAUUAAAUUCCUUUUGCACUAUUUGUUUAUUGCAAGUAUUCAGUUUUGUUUCCUUCUAGUUUCCUAGUAGAACAAGUAGCCAUUGUAUUUAACAAGUAUAUCUCACAAUUAUAUGACAAUAUGUAUAGUAAUAUCAAAGCAAGUUAUGCCAAAAGUAACUGUUACUUUCAAAUGAUAUUAAUGCGAUGAUAUAAAAAAUAAAUAACAAAUUGAUCAAGUAAAAACAGAAUAUUGAUUUCAAAUACACAGAAAGUUUGUAGCAAUUGCUUCGUUAUGUAAUAUUGAUUUAGCACACCGUACAAUCAUGAUAAACUCAAUGGCUUACCAAUGUGUGGUUUUCUAAAUUGUAAUUGUAUUCAGUUACUCGUUGAAAUGUAUCAGUACGUAGGAUAACUGCGAUACGUCUGAUGUUUUGCCAUUACAGAUGUGGAAUCGUAGCCGCUCUGAUAUUUACUUCAAGUGGGAAAAUGUCACUUCCUGUCACAUCGUUCAUAUUGAACCAAAAAUGGGAAGAAUUGGUAAUGUACAUUUUCUUUGACUCUCAGAAAAUAUUAAGCAUAUUUCAUUUUUUCAACACCUUAAAGAUGGAGGCAAUUGUCCAAGUUCUGAUCCAAAUUUGCGCUAUAUGUCUGUCCAACCAUAAUUGACCUCUUUCAUAUUAGGUGCACCCACACUUGUUAUACGGAUAGUCCUCGUUUUGCGAUCUACCUGUUUUACGACGGCUCGCACUUACGACCAGUGGUAAGUGCGAGCUGUCGUGGGGAUUCCCUGCUCUGGUGCGUUCGUCUAUGUUCAGGGGAACGUCCACGAACAUAGACGAACGCACCAGAGCAGGGAAUCCCUCUAAAAUAUGUUCAGGGAUCAGGGAAAUUUCCCCAAACAUAGAAUAGAGGGAUUCCCUGCUCUGGUGCAUUCGUUUAUGUUUAGGGAAGUUUCCCUGAACAUAGACGAAUACACCAGAGCGGGGAAUCCCUUAAAGGACCACUAUAGUGCCAGGAAAACAUACGUGUUUUCCUGGCACUAUAGUGCCCUGAGGGUGCCCCCACCCUCAGGGUCCCCCUCCCGCCCCGGCUCUGGAAGGGGGAAAGGGGUUAAAACUUACCUUUUUCCAGCGCUGGGCGGGGAGCUCUCCUCCUCCGAUCCUCCUCCGUUCCUCCCUGUCGAGCUGCGCGCGCAUUCAGCCGGUUGCAUAGGAAAGCAUUUACAAUGUUUUCCUAUGGACGCUUGCGUGCUCUCACUGUGAAAAUCACAGUGAGAAGCACGCAAGCGCCUCUAGCGGCUGUCAAUGAUACAGCCGCUAGAGGCUUUGGGGGAAGGCUUAACCCAUUCAUAAACAUAGCAGUUUCUCUGAAACUGCUAUGUUUAUAAAAGAAUGGGUUAAGCCUAGCUGGACCUGGCACCCAGACCACUUCAUUAAGCUGAAGUGGUCUGGGUGCCUAGAGUGGUCCUUUAACUCAUCACUUACUGACCAAUUCGUUCUACGACCGGGUCAUAGGAACGGAACCCAGUCAGAAAGUGAGGAGUGUCUGUAUAUCAUUUUGUUCAGGAGAAGCAGGGCCUACAAAUAUUUAUAUAUGAAACACAAUUUAAUAUAAUAAAAAACGUAAAAAGUUGUUAACUGCUAAUGUCAUGAUACUGUUAGCUUUUACUCCAAUAAAAUACACAUAUUUCUAUGCUGUGAUGUUCCAUGACUACAACAAUGCCACCCAUGUGCAAUAAAAUACACAUAUUUCUAUGCUGUGAUGUCCAAUGAGUCCAACGAUGCCCCCAUGUUUUGGAAAGUUACAUGGUGAAAUAUAGGGCUUACCCAUUUCAGUUUAUGCACAUUGAAAUUUGCCAGAUGGGUUUGCUAGGCCUAAGUUGCCUUUGAGGACCGUAUGGCAGCCCAGGAAUAAAAAUGACCCCCAUCAUGGCAUACCAUUUGCAGGGUAUUCAAAGUGGGCUAUGUCUAGUCUCUUUUUGAUAGCCACUUAGUCACGCACCUUGGCCAAAGUUAGUGUUCAUAUUUGCUUUUUGGGUUUUAUCAUACAAAACUGCACUUUCACCGAUGAUAUCUUUGUCAUUAUAUGUUUUUCUGCUCUACAACACUCAGAUUUUUGUUCAGCGACAUCUUAGAAGUAUAACAGUACUCCCCAUGUACAGGUUUUAUGGGGUUUUGGAAAGUUACAUGGUCAAAGGGUCAAAUAUAAGGUUUGCAAAUAAAAUUAUCUGGACUUUCUGCUGGGCUAUUAUGAAUUAUAGUUUUUUAUAUAUAUAUACACAUAUAUUCAUAUUACUUUAUAUAUACAUUUAUUUAAUUGUGUGUGUGUGUGUAUAUAUAUAUAUGUGUGUGUGUAUAUAGAUAUAUAUAAAUAUAUGGGCCCUUCCAGGAAGAGCCCAUUAGUUGUCAACCGUGGGUCAUGGCUUAUCUUUAUAGUGUGGAAGUACUAAUUCUAUCAGGAACGGUGCUAUUUUUCAACGUAUAAUUUAUAAUGUCUGAUUUAACUAGAUCUGAACUCCACACUACAUAACUCUGUUUGGUUGUAAUCCAUCACAGAAUAGGCUGAUCCUAGGCAUUUAUAUUUAGACUAUACUUGGUGGAUGUGGGGGAUAAUGAGCGGUGCCCUCGACGGCACAGUUUAGAGCUUUGUUUAUUUAUUACUCAUACACUUUAUACACUUGGACACAUGUUUAGUAGAUAAAUCCAUUCUGUCAAACUGUAUCAUUAUGUAUUUGGAAUCUAUUUCAGUUCAUAUAGAUUGUGCCCAUGUCAGAUACAAAGUGUAUUGUAUCAUUCUACUUUGUAUCUGGGUCCUCCUCCAUGAAAUUAUUUUAAACGUUUAUUCAAAAAAUAUUAAAUCAUUUGAAAACCUUAUCCAACAGUAAUAAAUCGAAGCCGUGAUGUGAAAUUCACUUUAGAUUCCCAUCAAGUCGCACUUUAGUUAAUAAUCCUGUCUAAUUUCCUUUUAUUUAUCAUAAAGUAGACAAUUUGAGGGGCAUAGCUAUAAAAAUAUGUAAUUUAAUAGAUUUAAUUAGUCUAACCACAUAUCAACUUAUUUGAGAAUCCAUGUUGAAAACCAUUAUUUCUAUAAAGCAAUGAAUUUAAUAUAGUUUUUAUUUAUUUAACAUUAUUUUAUAGCAUGCUUACCAACGGCAUUUUCAUUAAUGAGUGUACUGAAAGUACAAUUCUUCCAAUUCGUCCUUUUGACCUACAAUUUGCCAUUCACACUUUGGCAAAUAACUAUGAAAGAUUUAAAACCAUAAAAUGAGAAAUUGCAACUGAGUGUAGAAACUAUAUCAGUCGUGGUGAGAGGUGAAUUGAUGGGGAGCAGGUAGUGGUUAGAUGAGUUAUAGUAAGGGGACUGAUUGAUGGUGAGAGUCCUGAAAGUAUAUGAUGAGAUAUGUUUUCAGGGGUUUUACAUUGUAACGGAUGGGGAAUGAUUAGUAGCAAUGGAUUGUUCCAGUACUACAUGAAAAUUUGGAGAAUAGCGAUAAAACUCAUUGAUUUGGAGGUGCUUAAGGGAUAUAGAGUUGAGAGGGUGGAGAGGAAGGGUGCGGGAUACAGUGGGGGGUGAGAAUGUAUAAAGCUGUAAAUUGAUAUACAAGACUUUGGAAUUUGAAAAUGGAAUGUUGGCAACUGGAAGUUAAAGGGACACUGAAGUCACCAGUGCAACUACAUGUAUUCCUGACCCUAUAGUGUUAACACAGCCAUCUAGCCCCCCUGGCCCCCUCAUGCCUCCAUAAAUAUAGUAAAAAUCUUACUGUAUUCAAGCUAGAAGCUGUAAAUCUGCAUGCUGUUAGACUCAGGAAAAACAAGCUGUCUCCUGACAUGAGAGAGCCUGAUCCAAUCACAGUGCUUCCCCAUAGGAUUGGCUGAGACUGACAAGGAGGCAAAUCAGGGGCAGAGCCAGCAUGAUUCAAACACAGCCCUGGCCAAUCAGCAUCUCCUUAUAGAGAUGAAUUGAAUCAAUAAAUCUCUAUGAGGAAAGUUCAGUGUUUGCAUGCAGUGGGAGGAGAUACUGAAUCACAGGAUGCUCGUGCACAGCAGAUCUGAGUGGAUGGAGGCAUAUUAUGCCUCCAUCAACUCCGAAGUCCCUCUGGUUCACUCUGAGUGACUGCAACUGGAGGUGUUCCUAGCUUUCAAUGGGAACACUGUAUUUUCUCAGAAAAUACAGUGUUUACAUGAGAGAGGCUGCAGGGAGCUAUAGUUCUCACCUGAACAACCUCAUUAAGCUGAAGUUCUUCAGGUGACUAUAGUGUCCCUUUAAAUAAAUGUCCUUCAUAUGUUAACAUAGUCUAAAACAACCUCUAGUUUACAAACCUAAUAGCUAUUUUGUUCUUGUGCUGCUCUACUGUACCUCCAAGCCCCAUGUACAAUUGGUAUAAAAUGUUUAACUUUUAUUUUAGAGCCAAAUGCAUUCUGUCAGUUUGAGUUGAGUUGUACUGGAGGGCAGAUUGGAUUCACCAGCCAGAAAGUCAAGUGUCACAUCGAACAUUCCUCAGAGCCGGUCAUCCUUGGUGUCGAGGCCACUUUUAAGGUUUGCAUAAAAUAUUCUCUGAAAUCUCAUAGAAAAAGUGUUUCUGGCAAACUUGCUGCUGCAUAUUUAGAUCAUUAAAUGGUUAAAGGAAAACUAACAUUAAAAAUGUUUAAAAUCUUAAUAUAACCUUUAUCUGACAAAACACCAUCCCAUAAUUAAUUUUAUGUAAUUUUCCCGCAUUCAUUUUAUAUAGAAUUUUCUGACGAUAUCCCUUGCCUAUUUUCCUGACUCCCCUUUUCUGAGUCAGUAAGAUAGGCAAGUUUUCCAAUCCAGUGCUCACUAUUUUGCAACAGUCCAUUACUUUUUAAAAUGAUUAAUGAAAUUACAGUUAAAACACACAGGAACCCCACAUGUCAUACAUGCCCAAGUUGUCCAAAUAGUGUGCGGUUCCUUAAGUAUUGUCCUAUUGCCACCCGGGUAACGUUUUGACCCAGAAUAGUUCCAGAGCAAAAGUGGUCUUGGCCGGUCAAAUAUCGGGAGUUCCUGUGGUCAAAAAAAUGGGUGUUCCCCCUGGUUUUUAGGGAGCGAUUGUUCCUUAUAGUCCAUCGUACCUUCCCUCCAAUUACCGCUCUCCUUGUAUGUCUGUAAGUGGGGAAAAGCAUGGAAAAAAAUAGACUGGGAAACGCGUGGCUGAGUGGCUGAAUAGAGUUCCAUGAAGUUCGUGACCAAGUACAACUGUUAGGAGACAAAAUGGCCUCCAUCUGCCAGGGAGCAUGCUUUCGGUAAUACGUUCAGUAGAACCAGGGGUACCGAACCAGGGGGAACAUAAGGUCUGCCACAGUAGGCAAGUGAUUUCUUAUAUAUUUUUUAUUCUUUGUAAAGCAGUCUGUGGACGAAUAUAUAAUAUAUGAAAAAGCACUCUUGGCACCAUAACCACUAAAGCUCUACAGUUUAUUGUUGUGAUUUUGCUGCCUGGACAUCAAUGAUAGUCUGUGAGCCCCAGGCUUGCAGCCAAUCAUUGCUGGCCAGAUUUGGAGUGACAAUUCCUCUAUAUUCUGAUGAGAGCAAAGGGAGCUUGAAAGAUACUCAAAAACUGACAAAGUGACUGCACCCAAAGACUCCUUAACUAUAACCUCUACGGUUAGAUGUAAGAAUAGAAUGAGGAUUGGCAGUUAUUUUCUUACUAUAGUCUCGAUUUAUUAUUUUUGGAUAUGUUUUUCAAAUAGGUUAAUAUUUUUGGAUUCAUUUUUACAAUUAUUAUUUGAAAAUAUAUCAAAACAUACGACUAUUUUUUAAAAUAUGAAAUGAUUUUAAACAGUAUCCAAAAAUAUUACAUCAAUGCCUACAUUUCAGGAAUACUCUCCAAAUCAGCAUAGCACCAUACAUUAAAGAGAAAGGAUGAUUAAUUUAUUCUAAACUAUCACAAAAGUUAUAAUUAUAAAUUUGUGUUUUUUUUCUCUAGGGUCCUGUUGUCACUAUAGAUGUUCCAUCACUUGAUUUAGGUCUUAUAAAGUUGGGCAAUAAGGCAGUCAGCAUCAUUACUAUAGUGAACAACAGCUCGCUGGUAGCAAAAUGGAGAAUGCAGGAGAGCAGAGCGUGUAUUUCUGAAAGAGGAGAGGAGGUACGUUUCUUUUACAGAGAAUAGCACACAUUCUGACAACCUUUGGCCUGAGGAGAAAAUAGUUAGAAUGGCCUUUAUCUGCUCAUGAAACUCAGCUAUGUCAUGUAGAUGGUCCUAUUCACAUAGGUGGUCAAAGGACCAGUCCAGACCUGGAGAACACUUACAUCACGGGCCACUAACCCAAACACAAUGACGGGCUAUCCAAAGGCCCUGUACAAUUCCUGUAUCACCGCUGCUGUAUCUGCUAACAAAUGUCCCAAUGCACCACCCACUACUUUUAAUAAACUGGAAAUAUGACUGUAAGGGUAUGCCCCACAUCCCAUAUAUUCUAGUGGCCUAGUGGGCAAAUGCUCCCCAUUGCCAAUCCUCCCCCCCCCCCGUGAGUUGAAGCGUAAAGAUCCACAAUGCAAUCAACAAGUAUGUGCUUUAACCUAAUGGACGCUGGAUAUGUGUUUUUAUGAUGUUUGCUGUUUAGGAAUCACCGUUUUUUAUCACUCCGGAGAAGGGGGAAUUGCCGCCUCUUGGAACAGCCAAACUGAAAGUCCUGUUCCAGCCACUGGCGUGUCAGAGAUUAGAGACCACCCUGCAGCUGCAGGUGGACAAUGGGGAAGCCAGGUGAGUGACUAACGCUGUGAAGAACCUUGAUGAAUAUAGGUUAAAGGUGAAAACACAGUUAUCUGAGCAAUCCAAAUUCUGUAUUUAUUAAUUAUCAGUAUUUCUUUUUUUUAAUCAGCAUCUUGUGCAGAAGGAAAGUUAUGUGAAACAUUAAAUAUGAUGCUCUAUGUAACAUAAAUUACGAUUGAUUUUCACAUCUGCUUGGUGCUCGAAUUGGACUAAGGGGUUUGACAUCUUAUUGUCAAUGUACUUAUUGCCCAAAUAAUGUUCCUGAUAUAAGAUUGUUAUCUACCGGGGAAGGAGGAGCUAUGGAAAGCUCCACACAAUUAUUGUGUUUAAUGUUCCUUUAUUUAAUGUUAGACCGACUUUGUUUUCAAUUCACAUUUGCCCACAGUCUGUUGUUGUGCUCUGAGAACGUCUUGUUUCUUUGUAGUUAUCUGCCUGUUUCAGCCAGCGUUCAGCUUCCUCAGGCCUGCCUCCUCUCGAGCUUAUUGCAAUUUCCAGACAUGUACGUGGGUGUACCAGCACAGGGCGCUGUAAAGAUUUUUAACCAGGGACAUCUGCCAGCAAAGUUCACCUGGGGAGAGGUAGGAACUCAAAUACACAAAUUCACAGGUUUGUGCAAACUACAUGAUAAAUACAGGUAAUCUUCACUGUCACGUUGAGUACAGAUUAUUGCCCCUCUUCCAUCCAACCAGGACAAACUGCUGCUUUGAAUGAUGGCUUUUAAAGGAUUGUAUUUGCUUUCUAUCAAACGAGAUCACAUUUUCUCUACUAUAAAAGAUUGUAGAGGAUUUAUGUCUGAUAAAUGAACACUUUUUUCUCUCUAGCUAACUGGGAGCCAUGCCAUCCACUGUUCCUCCUCCAUCUCACCAGCAAGUGGCACAUUAGGACCAAAUGAAGAAGUGGAGCUGCAUGUGGAUCUGACUGUACAUUCCCUGGUGGGUUACGGAUGCUCCUAAUAUGUUUUCACUGGAAGAAGAUCUCAAUUAAUAAAAAGACUCUAAGGCUCUCAAUGCUCAAUCUUUCAAACUUUCUCCAACCCAGCGCUUGUCACAGUUUGGUUGUUUGAGUUUGAAUUUGGGGAAUUGUGUAUUGUCGGAUAAGUUUUUCAAAUUAUUUAGAAAAAUAUUUUUUGCUGUAUUUUUUUAUAUAUGACAUAUUUUUGGGGAUAUUUUAAUAUUAAAAAAUAAUAAUUUGAAAAGUUUAACAAACAAUCCAAAGUCAUCUGAAAAGUUUAUCCAAAAUAUUAAACGAAGGCCUUAAUUUUCUAAUUCUGAGUUUAGUGACUAACACUGUAUGUGUAUUGUAUGUAAAAUAUUGUCACACUAUCAUUUUAACAGAACUUUAUCAAGUACAGGAGACGGUCAUCCUCUAUUUUCCUCUCUUUGUCCUAGGUUUAUUAUUUAAUAUGAAGCAUCAAUCCGUUAUAUCUUUUCUCUCACUGUAUGUUUAUUUUGCUCUGUUACAGUAUUUUACGCUUUGUUUACCCGGAUAUUAAUAGGAUGAUUAUUGUUCCGGGUGAUUCUUUUUUCAGGAUGAAUUGAGCAACCUGGCUUUUCAAUGCACUAUUGAAGACAUGGUGGAUCCUCUUGUUUUGACAAUGAAAGCCAAGGCUCAGGGACUACACGUAUCCUAUUCGUUGUUUGAUGAAGAUGAGACGUAAGCAUCUUUUUCCACUUCUACCUUUAUAACUUUAGGAAAUAUCACUACGGAGAAAGGAUAAUCAGGAUUUAUAGUUAUACCAAGAUGGAACAAUUUUAGGACCCAUUAAGUCAUGCCUUUUUAAAAUAAAAUACAUCCCAAAGAAUGCUCAUAAUGUUCAUAACAUAUUUAGCAGUUUAAAUGUUAUAAGUAUAGCUGUUAAUAUAUAUGGGUACUGGUGCUUUCCCUAUUACAAUGUGUACAUUACAUUUUAUAAGUUGCCUAGCCAGGUAGCUGUAAUGUGUUAUAUGCAGGCACAAUGCCCACAUACUGAUGUUAUUCCUACAUUCAGGUGGCAUUUUGGGAAGGUGUAUUCUCAGAAAUGCCUUUGGGUUACUUACAAAUGCCCAUAAGCAGGGUCUUUGAACAUUUUUAUUUUUAGAUCUUGUCUGAAAAACUGCAAGGCCUGAAAAUGUAUGCAGCCUCUAAAAUUGUGUAAAAUGCGUGUGUCCAGUGAUGGCAAGGGCUGUUGUACAAAUAUUUAAUAUGUAACUCUGCUGAUCUGAUGUAAAAUGUGUUCUGAUUGCGAUUUUGAAGUGCUUAUGGUGCCUGUAGAAUCCAUUCGAUGGUAAAUUAUGCUGAAAAUUGAUUACACCGUUUACCAAACUCCUUUCCUUUAGUUUGCCUGGGAGAUCGUCUGAGGAGCUGCUGCUGGAUUUUGGGUCGGAGGUUGUUCUGCAGAACAAAGUACAACGAAAGCUAGUCCUGACCAAUCACACGGGGAUAUCAGCACCAUUCUCAUUGGAAGCUGCAUUUUUCAACGGCUGCCCAGUCGUAAAAGCUGAAGAACACAGCUUGUAAGGGUCUUUCCAUGAUAAAUUCACUUUGAAAGGGAUGUGGGCGUAUACUCACUUUAUUAUCAAUUAGAUUUACUACUUCCCUCUCAUGGACCAUUCAAAUUAUUCUCAUAGAAAAGCAUUUGAUCCAGGGUGGGGAUGAAGUUGGGGUUAACAAGAGAGGGAAAAAAAAACAACAACAAAACACGAAUGAUAAAUGUUCUAUUUUAACAGAUUUUAUAUUAGAAAGCCUGGCCUGCCACACAUGAAUAUAUGUAAAUGCUGCGUAAAGAGAUAUUCGCUUUCUAUGCAGCAUUUCAAGCAGAAACGUUGCACAUUCAGAUUCCUACCGCCAUGACCAUCUCUAAAAACAGAAGUGGUCAUGGAGGUUGGAGUAACCCUUUAAUGAGAUGGUGAGUACAUGAUGUAUGUAAAUAUUAUCUAACACAUACAGUGACAGUAAUUCUUCUUACUUUCAGAUCUCUCACGACUCUCAUACAGCGGACAGCUCAAUAUACAGAACUGACAGCUAACCGGGCCCAGAAAGGUACUCCAACUCUGAUAGCUGAACCUGCUCCCAGAGUAACGUUAACCAACCUCUGUGCACUUUUUAUUGAAUGAGAUAUAACACAGGGACCUGAUGUGUUAAUGGGAAUAUUCCACAAACAGAAGACGCAAAACAGAAACCCCAUUUUAUUUAACUUCACACGCAGACGAUUCUCUUGUGUAGAGGGGAUUUAUUUUACAUUUUAAUUUGGUUAGAACUAUUACACAAAUAUUUAAACAUUCUAUGAUUUCUGGAUACAGAUUACUUGUAACAUAUUGUAACAUAUCCUUCACUGUUAGUAGGUUAUAGACAGACAUAAUCACUGCAGAUUAAAACAAAAUUACUUUUUAAGUUAAAUAAAAACAAGUUAAAAUAUUGUAAUUAGAUUUUCAGUUCACUACAUUUUAAUUAUUAAUAAAUAGACUACGUAAUCAUUCCCAACCAGUCAGUGUGCUGUGUGCGGCGUCUACAAAUAUAAAUCAGGCUAAAUGUGGUACAAGCCGCCAUAUUGUUUUCUAGCGCACUAGAGGACUUAUUCACUAGAUGUCGACUUGUGGUGAGUUAACGAGACUUGCACAAUACUCAACAAAAUAAACAAGUUGGAAUGGGAAACUUUUAUAUAUUUUUUCUUUUUUUAAAAUAUGUCUUUGCAAUUUAAGUCUCAGACGUUGAGCUUACAAAACUUGCUGGAAUUAUUAAACAUAGAAACAUAGAAUGUGACGGCAGAUAAGAACCAUUCGGCCCAUCUAGUCUGCCCAAUAAAGAACACAGUAACUAUAUGCGUAUUAAACGUAAUGUGGCACAAAGAAUUCAGACUUUACAAUGAAGUUCUAAAUGUAUUAGUGAGUCAAACCCACUAAUGCUUUGUACGUGUUUAGAGUUUAUGGCGUCCGUAUUAUCUGAUGGGAAAGGAGCAGCGUUUAUCCCUCAGCCCAUUUCUGGUACGUUGGGAGCGUUUCAGCAGGUGACCAUUGAAGUGACCGCAUAUAAUAACUUGUGGGGAGAGUACACGGAUCACUUGAUCUGCAAGGUAAGUGUGCAUGUUGACCCAAGCAGCCAGAAAAGAUAAGAUAUUUAGAGAAAAGAGUCCUGAGUCCUAAAAGUUCUGGUUUCCAAGCUGGUUGGUCCUUACUUAGCAGUUUGCUCUAGAUAAGCACUUGUCUGCUCUAGAUAAAUAUGGUUAAAGAAACGUGAGUUCUUUCUCAAAGCCCACGAUUGUACAAAACAGUGACCCUCUUUCAUGAUCUUAGGUUGGUGACCUAACACCAAAGGAAAUACCAAUGAAGAUGAUCGUGAAAGGAUGUCCUAUUUAUUUCCAAAUGACAGGUCCAAGGGCAGACAGACAGACAGAAGGCCCCAUCAUAAGGUAUGCAUGGAGGCUGUGUAAACGUUCAAUGAAGGGAAAUGUCACGGCCUCCUCUGGGUACAUUACAUAACCCUCUUGUGUUUAAAUUGUCACAUAUCCUCAUUCCCUCACUGCAGUUAAUGAUAUUACAGUGUUUUCUGGGCUGAGUGCAGCAAACAUUAAUAAAAACAGACCCUACACUGAUCCCACCUUGAUCAGGUAACAUGUAAACAUGUGUGCUUUCAGACAUGCCUUCCACACAGAUGAACACUUGUAUUGGCACUUGUGUUUACAGUGGGGGUUAAAUUAAUUUUCGUGGUCUGCUCUGGUUCUGCGAGGAAACCCAGGCAUGUAGUGUAAAUAAAAAAUAAAUACUACCUCGGGCACACUUCUAGCUCGCUAUUGGGUUAUGUAAAAAUCUGUUAUUUAACAUUUCGGCUGUAAACAUGUUCUGCAUCUCACUUUUCUAGAUUUGGAACCCACAUGUCUGGUGGAGACACUAUCUCCCGAUGCUUGCGGAUCAAUAACCCGAGUCCAUGUGGUAAGCAGGAACCCCGCUGCCGUUUACAGGAAGCCUUAUCAUUUCUACAAAACUUCAUGUGGGGGUUUUAAUGAAUCAUUCUGGUUUUUGUUCAGAUAUUCGGAUAGAUUGGGAAACUUACAACAGAGAACAAGAUACUUCUCAGCUCGUAGACCUCGUGGUUCUCUUUGGGGAUCCUUUUCCACUGAAGGAUAUAGAUGGGAAUGAAAUAGUCGGCCGCAGAUCUGAGUUUUCAGAAAGCCAGGAUUCUUCCAUGAACUGGGAUCAAAUUCCAAAUACAUCAGGAACCAUGUCUCAGGCUUCCAGUGAAAAUGGCAAUGUAAGAGAAGGAAUGACCUGCUAAAGAGCAAAGCUAGCAAUGUUUGUCCCAAAAUUCCCUGGAUGCUUUGUCAGCCUAAAUGUCACAUUGUAGUCCAGAAAAAUGGAAUUUAAAAUGUGUCCAAAUGUUUUUUCAGUUCCACUAUUUCGUCCUAAAAUGUAUUUAUUUAUGUUGGUCAAUUCUCAAGAAUUUAUAUUUUAGUGGAUAAACCCCUUCAGAUGGUGUCUGACUCUUGAUCUAUACAAAUGCUUGCAAUAGAUUUGAUUUAAUAUUGUUGGAUAAGCUACCCAAACAAUUAAUUUUUUUUGAUAAAUUGUUUUAAAUUAUUUAAUAUUCAGAAAAAUAUUUAAAUGUUGUAACAUUUUUAUAUUUUUUGAUAUAUUCAUAUAUUUAUCCAAAUGUGAUGUCUUUUUUGUAUAUUUUAAUAUGUGGUAAAAAAUUAUUUUAAAUGUUUUUCCAGAAAUAUUCAAUCAUUUGGAAAGCGUAUCUAACAAUAUUAAAACAAAGAGUAAAAAAUAUGUCUUAUUGUCUAUCACCACCUAUUUAUUUCCACAUUAACUGAUACAACCCUAUAUAUAAUCUGCAAAUGACAGGUCUUAAGCUCUUUAAUUGAGACUAUUCAAAAACAACACUUAGUAAAUGCAAAGUAUUGCUGGGAUUUACCGCAUUGUUUUUUCAUACAAAUUUUUUUUGCCGAUGACUUAAUACAGAUCCCUGCAGCAAUAAUCUGAUUAUUUGCACUGCAUGCUGUUUGUUCAUUUAGAUCAUCUCAUAGUUAUUGAAAAGAAUUUACCCGUAGUCACUAUACUUAUUUCUUUUUCAGUUUCAUGAAGCUCAGGAGCAGGCAGAUACAGACGUUGAAGAAAGCAACCAAUAUGAUGAAGAAUUACCUCCUGAUAAAUUAAUUUCUAUCAUUGUACGACCGCAUGAGGGCAUAGCUUCAGAUUACCCAUACUGCAUCACUCCAAGACAGACGGUUUGCUUUUUACUGGUUUUAUAUUAACAUGAUUCAUAUUUGAAUAAUUGAGAAUGAAUACAAAUAUUUUUAAAGGUCAUUGAUUCAUGCAUUCACUAUAGUUAAAAACAUUCCUCUAAUAAAUGCUAUAUUUUACAGAUUGACUCUGAACAUGUAAGUGUAGAGAUUAAAACAACUAAUAUGUAUGUCUUAAAAAUUCACCUUGUUUGUUUGGAAGCGGGGGCAGCCAUCUUAAAUAUUUCUACUAAUAAAUUCCUGUUUACUGCUCCCCAUUAUGUUGUCUUUCUCUGUGGUGGGAUCUGAUUGGUUAUCACCACUUUAGAAGUAUGAACAAGAGAAAAGGAUGCAAAUUGAAGUAACUAAUCAUACUGGCCUUAAAGGAAAGGGUGUUUUAAAGAUAAUUUCUCAUUUAUUACGUAUGCUAUUUUUAGUGCUGUAUGUAUUAAUAUAUGACAUAAAUAACACAUGGUGAUUAGUGCUCUGCUUAUUAAAUACACAAUCUCUCUCUCUCUAUAUAUAUGUAUCUAUAUUUCCAGAUUGUUCCUGCAGGGGGCAGCAGUGUCAUCCAUGUUUCGUUCACCCCUUUAAUGCUGUCUGCAGUCAGUAAGAUUGAAUGUAGUGGAUUUGCCCUUGGCUUUCUGAGUUUGGAUGAGAAGGUAUAUAUUAUAACGAUUAUUCACAGGACUAG